AUGGCAUAUGAUCGCCUCGUGGCAAUCUGCAACCCUCUGCUUUAUUUAACCAAAAUGUCUACACAAGUCUGUGCCCAAUUACCUCUAGUGGCUUAUAUAGGUGGUUUUCUCAAUGCUUCCACUUUUAUAUUUUCCUUCUUUUCUUUAUUCUUCUGUGGACCAAAUAGAGUCAAUCAUUUUUUCUGUGAUUUUGCUCCUUUAAUUGAACUCUCCUGUUUUGAUAUCAGUGUCUCCACAGCUGUUUCCUCAUUUUCUUCUGGCUCUAUCAUCAUGGUCACUGUGUCUGUCAUAGCCGUCUCCUACAUCUACAUCCUCACCACCAUCCUGAAGAUGCGCUCCAGGGAGGGGCGCCAUAAGGCCUUCGCCACCUGCACCUCCCACCUUACUGUGGUCACUCUGUUCUAUGGGACCAACACAUUCAUCUAUGUGAUGCCCAACUCCAGCCACUCAACCGACCAGAACUAG